AUCACCCAUGAGCACCAAGCGCGAAGCGGGGGAAAUGGAAAGUGCCCGGAUGCAUGGUAUAUGCCUUGGCGAUGGCAAUACCCCCCAGGCAUUUUACCUUGUGAUUAUUCACGAGCAAACAAAGGGAUUAUCAUCUUUCGGUUUGGCACCAGAAGUCAUCCCAUUCAAAAACGAGUCGCAGCCUCACUCUGCGUUACGAUUAGCGGCGACAUUUGUAUUGAUUAGCGGUGAAGCUAAUCAUGGUAUGACAUCAACGAAUGUUGCCCAUCGGGAAGAUGAGAAAUACCAACCUGCUUGUAUAUGCCAAUUACACGUCUGCGGUCAAGGGGUAUGGUGAUCUCUGUGCUGGUCGACCUAGACCUUGAUGUGAGGCCGGACGAAAUACUACAUGCAAGGCAAGAGGAUGCAUGUUUAUCCAUUUCUUUUGCUUGUGUUACUCAAUUGGACGGGCUCAACACUCUCAGAUAAGACUAUCCAGGUUUUGCACAGGCAAACAACCUGGGAAUGACAUCAUGUAUUCACAUUACCUUGCAAUCCUCUUCUAUCAUUUUCCUGGUACUUGGAGGAAGUGCUGCAUUUGCUAAGCUGCAGAUAACUAAAAAGGCAUUGAGACAUUGCUAUUCUUUUCUCCUUUUCUGCCAUUUGAGC